UUUUUUGAGGUGCCUCGGUAUUUUCGUAAAAUUUAAUCUGGUCACACUGAUGACAUCGCUUCCCUUGUUUCGACGGACUGUGUGCGGUUUGUCUUGUUGAGUGAGUUUCGUUCGCUUUUAUUUUAUGACUCGUGUCAUUGUAUUUGUAAUCGCGCUGCGCCAAAGUAAUGAGCUUAAUCUAAUUACUUCGAGGUGGAUGUGGUAAACGCGAGUGUUUUGUCGCAGUGCAGAGCGGGCGUGCAUCAGGUCUGUCAGAGCCGCAGCGACGACAUGAGGCCACACGACGAUAUCAGAAAUGGCGAUGACAGGGGCGCGGGGUCCCGGCCGUGCAGCGUGUCGGGGUCGUCGGAGGGCGGGUCGGUGGGGUCGGUGGGGUCGGUGGGGUCGGUGGGGUCGGUGGGGUCGGGCGACGAGGGGGAGGGCGGUGCGUCCGGGGACGAGGUGUCGCUGGUGGACGAGGGCGCGCCGGCGCGGGUGCUGUCGGCGCUGAACGCGCUGCGCAAGUCGCGCCAGCACUACGACGUGCUGCUCGUCGCCGACGGGGCCGAGGUGCCCGCGCACCGCGCCGUGCUCGCCGCCGCCUCGCCCUACCUGCUGGAGGCGCUCCAGAGCGAGGCGUCUCACGCGGUGCACCGCGUGGAGGACGUGUCGGGCGAGUCUCUGCGCGCGCUCGUGGAGUACGCGUACACGGGGCGCGUGCGCGUGCGCGGCGCGGGGGCGGCGCGGCGGCUGUACGCGUGCGCGUGGCGGCUGCGUGUCGACCGCGUGCGCGCGCAGCUAGCCACACGCCUGCUGCGACAGCUCGCACCCGCCACCUGCCUGCCGCUGCGCGCGCUGCCCGACCUCGCGCCCGACCAGCUGCAGGCCGUGGACCGCUACAUCGCCGCGCACUUUGAGGAGAUCUGCGCGAGCGGGGCCAUGAACGGCCUGCCAGUGGUGAAUAUCUCCAUGCUGCGGGACAGCAGCGCCGAGGACGGGGAGGAGACUCCCCCCGCGCUCGCAGACGCCGCGCUGGCCUGGCUGCGGGACAGGCAGCGCCCCGAUGUCACUCUGGAGGAGCUGUGCUCUCGCCAGCACCUGGUGUACGUGGACGCGCGCGGCGAGCUGCGGGACUGCGGCGAGCUGCCCGCCUCCAGCGGCGAGGCGGCCGAGCUCGGCCAGUACCGCCGCGACGCUGCCCGGCGCCGCACGCAGCCCGCGCCGCCCGCGCCCGCCAUACCCGCCAUGCCAGGGACGCUGGGAGCCAGAUCGGGGAAGGGCGGCGGGGAAUGGAGCGUGGUGGCCGCUCGGGCCGCGGGCGGCGGCAGCACGCGCGCGCUGUGUGUGCUGCGGGGGCAGCUCGUGGCCGCGCUCAUCACCUGGAGCGGGGCCGGGGCCGGCGGGAACAUGGCCCGCGGCGCCGUGCUGGGCAGCGCGCGGGGCAACACCGUCGAGGAGAGUGGCGAGCGACGCGCCCCGAUGUCGGAGCCGCGUUGCGCCCUGGGCGCGGUGGAGAUGGACGGGCGCCUGAUAGUGUGCGGCGGGUACGACCGCGCCCGCGUGCUCAGCUCGGCCGAGGCGUACGACCCUGACAGUAACGCGUGGGCCCCGCUCGCGCAUAUGAAGUGCGCGCGGGCCCGCUUCCCCGCCGCCCGCCACAGGCACGCGCUAUACGUGCUGGGCGGCAGCGACGGACACGCGGAACUAGACUCCGUCGAUGCCUACGAAAACGGAAAAUGGAAGGCGAAGGCGCGCCUGCCGCUGGCCCGCAGCCACGCCGGCGCCGCGGCGCAUGCGCAUCCCACGGGCGGCGCCAUCUUCCUGGCGGGAGGAUGGGCCGCCGGCCGCAGUCUCAAGCGGGUCGAUAAGUACUGUCCCAGCACUGACAGCUGGACUGAUGCCCCGCCGCUUAUCACCGGUCGUUCCCAAUGCGCGGUGGUAUUAUGGGAAGACUCGCUAUGGGCGUUGGGCGGCUGCGACACGUGGCAUUGUCUCGCUUCCACGGAGAGGCUCAAACUGACAGACGCUGAGGCAGACUGGCAGUGGGAAGCGGGUCCUCCUCUCCCGACGGCGCGGCGGUCGGUGGGCGGCGUGGUGUGGCGCGGGCGCCUCGUGUCCGCGGGGGGCUCCGACGGGGCCGCCUCCCUGCGACGCGUCGACUGGAUGAUGGGGACCGGGGGCGGGACCGGCGGCGGGACCGGGGGCGGGACCGGCGGCGGGUGGUGUGCGGGGCCCAGUCUCAGGCGCGCCCGAGCCGGACUCGCGCUCGCACCGAUCGGCGACGUGCUAUACGCGGCGGGCGGAUUCGACGGGAAACAGUUCCUAGCUUGCGUCGAGUGCCUCUACCACCCCGACGGGGAGUGGACCGCGCUCUGCCAGCCCGUCGCGCCCCUCCCCCUCCCCGUGGCGGUCGACGCGACCGCGACCACGACCACACCUGCGACCGCGACCGCGACCACAACUGCGACCGCGACCGCGACCACACCGACCGCAGACUCACUAGCAUCGUGCCCGGAUCAUUGACGGACGGACGGAAUGCUGCAACAACUCGCCUUAAACUUAUGAAUGUUGCGAACUCGAAGAGAUAAUUACGCGCCCUGAUUAUUGUGAGUUUGUUACGAAUUUUGGUGUAGAAUUGAUUAUGGGAAAGAAAGAAUUUAAUGACAGAUAACAUUCCAAAAUAUGAAUUUAAGAAAAAUAAGGUCGACCGGGUCCCUGCCGCGGCACUGAUGCUGCGGCGUUGCUAAUAUUUUUUGUUUGAAUGCUUCGAUUCGAGUAAGCUUGAUACGUUUAUCUCGAGAAGAGUAGGAGAACUUAUAUGAUAUUGCGCGACAAAUCUAAUGUAAUAUAUGCUUAACUUCAAAAAUAAUAAUAUUUAUAUAAGAAUAAAAAAAUCAGUAACAAACAAAAAUACAUGGACCGACUUCCCUCCUGCGGGUGUGAUGUAUCUGUUGAGGUUAUAAAUUUAUAA